GAAUACUGUACGACCGGUUUAAUCAAGUGUUAAUGAUAGCGAUAUCAACAGUUGUGUUGAGCGUAUUUACAGGUGUGACACCCUGGUGUACAUGGUUCCCGGCAAUGAUGAUGGUCACGUUCAUGAGCGGGUUCGGAUCAGGCUGGUUAGACACUGGAGGCAAUGUAAACAUUAUAUCACUCUGGGAUACAGAAGGAGGAUCCUAUAUGCAGGCACUACAUCUCAGCUUCGGGCUGGGCGGAAUAUUGUCACCCCUGGCAACGGAACCUUUUCUCGCAAAACCUGCUUGCAGCCAGCCAGUGCAAGGAAACACUAACAACUCUGGUACAUCGUUUUCAGUUACACUAUUUGAUGCUAAGAUUAAAGUUAAUUUGAAUGAGAUUGAAUUUUAAAUUUCAUUAUAUUGUAAACAGUUUGCGUAAAAUUAAGAUUUUUAAAAAGAUGAAAAUAUGGAACAAGAAAAUCCUGAAAAGAACCGAAAUGAUUGUUUUUCGGUUGGCAGUUUUGGGCACUUUUAAGUGUUGAAAGUUACAUCCUUUUUUGUUAUUUAUCUAUCUAACAGAAAAAUACCUAGUAAGUCUGUUAUAUAUCUUGUUAACACGAAAACUAAGUAGUUAGAGAGUUAACGCGAUAAUUAUAUAUGGUAAACUGUUGACAGAAAUAUGCCACCAUAGAUAUCUC